UCUAUGUAUGACGUGAUUCCUUUGCCUUUUAUCAAAUUAUAACAACUUUAUGAUGAAAAUAAGGCUUAUGUAGUCGAGGAUUUUGCAGAAAACUCGUAAAAUCUGAGUGUGUUUAAUACUAUGGAAUCGUAAAAGCAGUUAUAGUAUUAACGAUUCGUAAUCAAAAUGAUGAAUUCUUUCCACAACUCUUUAAAGUAUCUGCGUUCAUUUAACAUCAAAUCAGCUAUAAAUAUCACCAAAGAAUGCCAGCCCCUACGAUUUCCUGUCGAAAGACCCAAUGUCGUAAAUAAAUAUACGCCACUAACUUUUGCUCCUAGAUCAAUAACUUUUGAGAUUACUGAAAACCAGAAAUCGAAUAAAGUAAAACAAGAUCCGAUUCCGUAUAUACCUAUAAUAAAUCCACGCUCCAUUUUGCCCUUGAUCGAUUCAAAUUGGAGAAAAGAUGAAAUUGGUUUGCCGAGUCUGAAACAAGAAGAAAUACAAGCGGCCAGGCUUAUUGUCAUUAGGAGAAAGAAAAUGAAGAAACAUCAGAGGAGGAAGCUAUGGAAGAGAAUGAGACAUCGUUGGGCAAGGAUCAAGAAGCGUAGACGUCAGGUCAAAGAGAAGAUUUUCCAGAAUGAACUAUUAGCUAUGGUGAAGGAAGCCAAUGAAUUUUCUGCAGAGCAAUAUGUAACGCAGAAGUUAGAGAAAGCCAACCACACCCCGUUACCGACCAGGUGGCGACACAAGAAAUUACCCGAGUUCAUUAUUAGACAGCUCUUGGGUAUAGACAAAAAGAUCAACUAUAAACAUACUGAUGUAUACAAAGCUUGAUUUUAAUACCAAUGUUUUUAAAUUUACUAAAAGAUUCACUGAAAGAAAUAUAUCUUUCAAUAUGUAUUAGAUGCUUCUUAUUGUUGAUGAAGUGUCAUGUAACUAAUAUUUUUAAUGUUUUUUUUAGUAAAAAGUUGUAUUAAUAUUAUUAUACACUAUUAGCUAUAAACCUAGUUGAA